AUGACGAGCUACCGAGUAUUCACUGGAGAUGACAAAGGACAACUCAAGUCAGUCGCCUUUGAUAUCCCGGGAAGUGAAAGUACGAGUCAUAUAUCGACGACGACGAUACAGAUAGGCGCCGACAACAAAUCACCACUUCAUAGGCUUCAAUGUCACAGAGACUCCGAUUCAGAUACUGGUAUCCUCGCUACAGCGCGUGCUGAUGGUCUUAUUACGACGUAUUCUUACACUACUGGUUCCAAUGAGCUGAAGGAGCUAUCGAGCUGGAGUGAGACCCGCAUGAAGAACUCUGAUAGAUUCGUUGGAUUACAUGCAUUUCAACGCAGAAAAGGAUGGCUUACUUGCACACAUAAUGGGAGACUACGACUUUCAAAUACUUUUGGCGAGCGCUCAGAUUCGGAUCCACCUGCCGACCUGUUUGCUUCAUUGCCGAUGAGACUAAAUGAUUUGCGAUUGUCACCUUCUUUUUCUUCACUCGCAUACGGAGGAGACGAAGUCGAUCUCUCAGUGUGGGAUGUAGAACGCACAUUCUCAGAUAAACCGCAAUCCACAGAUGAAGUUGGGAAGAAGCGGAAAAAGGGAAAGAACGAGUUGAUGUAUGCUGAAAUAUGGCGUGCAAAACAGCUUCCAAAUGAUUCACUUUCUCUCCCUCCCGAACCAGCAAUCAUCCUUUCACAUCGUCACGGGGAACAAAAAUGGCGCAUUGAGACGGUUCGAUACGCGAACAGCCCGAAGACCAGUCUCCAUUGGGAGAACAUCGCCAAAAUAGGGGGAAUUCGAAACAUCGAGCCAGGCAGGAAUGAGUACGAACUCUUUGUUUCGGACAACGGCUCUAGCCUAUCCUCCAUUGAUGUCCGAAGCGGAAAAAUAUGUUACUCUUACAAAGGCCUGCCGAGUGCCGCCACUUCGUUCUCGCCGGUAGCUAAAUCUCAUCUGGCUUCCGUCUCCUUGGACCGGGUAUUCAGGUUGCAUACGGUCUAUCCACCACCUCCCCAAGCUAAUGAGCAGCAGCUCAAAAAGGGGGAAGUUAUUGGGCAAGAAUUCCUCAAAAGCACUCCGACUGCCAUUAUAUGGGAUAAAUUCGAAACUCAAGUCGCUACAGAGGACGGCGACGAGGAGGACGUGUGGGAGGCAAUGGAGGUUCGCGGUGAAGAGGAUGAUGGCUCAAUAGACGAAGAUGAAAGUGAGGAUGAACAACCUCGAAAAGCACGUAAACGCAGCCGCAAGUAA